CGCCUAACGGAACAGACAACAGUCGGGGGUGUGGUGCGGGCGGGGCGGUCGCGGCGAGAUGGAGACCAAAACCUCCUCCUCGUCCGGAGGCGGCGGUGCCGCCGCCGGCACCGAGCAGCGGCGCGCAGGGCUCGUGGAGGUGCAAGCGGCGGCGGCGGCGCUGCGGCGAUCGGAGGUGUUCCACGUCGUCAAGGAGCUCGUCGGCUUCGUCCUCUACAUGCACCACCAGAUCCCCUCGGUUUUGCAGAGUCUUGAAGAUGAGUUCGCAAGUUUAAAGGAGGAAAUGACAGAAAUGACAUUACAACCAGCUGAGCUCAAACCAUCUGAUCAGAGAAAGUACAACACACGAAAACGGGAGGUUAGACGUCGAAUAAAGAAGCACGAGAAAUUGAUGAAAGGCAUCUCUAUCUUACUAUGUGCUCUUCAGCAAGCACUUGAUGAAGUUUCUAGCAUUGAAGGAGUUGUCCUGAUCCUUGGAGGAAGCCUUGUACGGCCCCUAUUUGUGUAUGACAUUACAAUUUCUCAUGGUACGUUUGAUUCAGGAAGUGCCAAAGAUCAUGCUCUAACCAAGUUAGCUCAAUCUGUUUCUCGGAAGGCUAUCCGUGCUCUUGUGUCAUGUGGAGCAGGGAGUUUGUCCUACACAGGGCCUAGCAAGUUAUUUUUGCUGGUACGAUGUCCCAGUACAUUGAACUUACCACUGGAUUUCCUGCCAAAGCGUGAUUUUCGGUACAGCAAGAAGGUUGUACCUCUUCAAAUGCAUAUAAAGUGCAGUAAAGCAGACUGUCAAGGGAAUAACCAGCACCGAAUGUCAAUUGCUGAUGCCCCAUGUUCCACUUCAGAAUCUUUUCUUUCUGAUUCUAUCUGGUUUCAGUGCAAGCAUACAAUAAGAGGUUUACCAGGCAAGGCGUCACUAGAAGGGUGAUAUGGCUUCAAGAUGUCAAAGUAAACCAAACUUGCCUUUGUUGUUGUAGUGAGUGAUAUGAUAUAUGCAUGUACAGUAGAGGAUGCUCAUCACUUGAUGACUUGACGAAGCAGGCCGUGAUCAAGUAGACUAGUGAACUCCCCGUGUAAGGGAUCCUUUGCACUUGCACGCUUACGAAUAUAAUAGCCCGAUGUUCGGUCGGAGCACAUCGUGAGAAUGCUCAGAUAGUAGUUAUACUCGGUAGCAUUUCAGAAGAAUUAUCAUCGGUUUAAAGGUUCUCGGCAUGAGAAUAUCUAUUAUAUAUCUCAACGUUUUGUCGUACUGAUAUCAGAUAAUUUGGAUCA